UAACCUCAAUUCAGAACUGUCAAGGUGAGAAGAGUAAACAAAGCGUUUUCUGCGGAAAAUACCAUUUUCCUGGGAAAUAAGAAAAUAACCUCAAAGCGAGUCGCAAAGUUUCUGGAGACUGUCUAGGAUGAUUAUUCCAAUUCGCUGCUUCACAUGCGGGAAGGUGAUUGGGAACAAGUGGGAAGCUUACUUAGGACUCCUUCAGGCAGAAUACACAGAGGGAGAUGCUUUGGAUGCUCUGGGAUUAAAGCGAUAUUGCUGCCGGAGAAUGCUGUUGGGGCAUGUGGAUUUGAUUGAAAAACUCCUCAACUACGCCCCUCUUGAGAAAUAAAGCCGUAAGUCAUGUAUUUUGUAAUAUAAA